GUAUGGGGUGAGGGAGGAGUAUGACCACCAACGUGGUUGGUGACCGAGCAUGAAAUCACGCUGCGUAGCGCGACCCCACAAGGGGUGAUAUCAAUCUCCAGAUGAAGGAGAAUAUGUUCUCUCGAUUCACUCGCAACGAGUUCAGCCUCGAGUCCAGGUCCACCAUCGGCGUCGAGUUCGCCACUCGCACCGCCCGCGUCGGCGACCAGGUCGUCAAGGCUCAGAUUUGGGACACCGCCGGCCAAGAGAGGAUGACAAAUUAUUAUGACAUUGAUGAUAUCUUAGCUGAAGAAGAGCUUGUUCGUGCUGUAUUUCAGAGAACUGCCAGUGGAGUUGGGAUAUUUGAAUGCUCUGAUGAUACAGAUAAGGUGGAACCUGGCACCGAAGUAGAAAUGCCUUUUUGGCUUGCAUGUGACCUAUUAGCAAAAGAAGCAGUGAGGAUCAUAGUUCCUUCAUGUUUUGACACCAAAACAAAGGAUGAAAUUGGAGCUGAUGCUGCACACGUGGAUCUGAGAGGUCGAUGCACUUUUUUUUAUGAGUUCGGAUGCAAGAUAGCAAGACUAAUUGAUGACAAAACAAUAGGGCCAUUGCUGUUGGUUGCAUUUCGGGCGAGAUAUAAAGAAGUGCUGAUCAAGGCAUUUACUGCAGCAUCUACAGUGGCUAUUAAACAAUUGCCACUCCUAACACAGGAAGAGAUGAAAUUGUUCGAGGCUGGGCAAUCCUCAACAAUGGCUUUCAAGAAAUGGCGGAUGGGCGGACCUAGAAUGCAAAAAGCACACGUGCUUGGGAGGACGCGAAAGAGGAAGCCAACUUAGGCCCCAUCUUAGCAGUUUUUUCUUUGACCAAGGAGGAAUCACACCAUGGAGGAGGCGACAUGAGAAACAGAUGAAAAGUAUGAGAAUCUAGUAUCCACACCUAGUUGUGGACGGUCGUCCAAUUAAAUUUCGGGCAUGAAAAUGAUCUCGGGGGGGGGGGGGGGGGGG